AUGGAGUACGGCUCGGCUGCGUGCUGUCUUGCGGCUGACUCGGAGCAGGAGGUGGCAGAGACCGAAGCGGAGCCCGACGUAGGUGGAAGCGAAGUAAAGCCGCGGCGGCGGCGGCUCACAUUCAGGGCGAGACAAGGUCGUGCGACGGCCGGCUCGGCCCGCGGGCGGUUUGUGGCGGCAAAGACCAUUGUCGAUCGCGGCGGCUCAGCAGCAGUGGAGGCCGAGAAAUCCAGUGGCAGAAGGAGGGUCAGGGCACCCCGGAAGUGGUCACAGCGACGGCUCAACAUGAGGGCCCGCGGCAGCGUGCGGCACGAAGGCCCGAUCCAUUUUGCAAAACCCGGUGCUGCACCCCCACCCGAAACACAGAGAAAUCCCACCCACUCCCCAACAUCUUGUCGAACCACCCCUCCCCGACGGCUCCGCCCCCUGCUCCCACGCACCGGCACCGCCACCCCCUGCUCCCACGCGCCGUCGGCCGCCGCCCCCUGCUCCCACGCGUCGCCGCCCCCCCUGCUCCCACGCGCCGCCUCCCUCUCCCCGACAGCCGGCCGCGUCCCUUACCCAGCGUCGGCCUCCUCCUUCCCCCACGUCGACGAUGGUCGCCUAGUGGAUGCAAACCGUCUUCUUCCCCGCCGCCGGCCACCUCUUCCCCUUGCUCUGGCCGCCUCCGUCCCUCCCUCCACUAUGCGCCUCCUGCUGGAUCCCGCCGUCGAGCGUGUCGGCCGCCCUGGCCACAACCGUGCCUCGUCCUCCCCCGCGGCUACCCCCGCCAGGGGCUUCCCAGCUCGCCGGAUCCGCUGGGUGCACGCGUUCCUCGCCGCCGUGAGUGUGAGCACAAGGGUGGUUGAACGGGCUGCAGAAUGCGGGUUCGGUUGCCGUUGCGUCCAGCAGUCCAACCCCAUCGCCCCAGGCCGUCCAGCGACCUGUCGGGCUAUGGUAUUCUGUUGCAAGUCGGCGAGCAACAUUAGCGACCGUACUCUCCAACCGCCCCAUGGAUAUUAGCAAUGCUAGUGAAGAUGGUGGGUGUGAUUCUACUUGGACUGGCGUCAAACUUGGAC